AAGAGUGCGGCCAUUUUUCUAAAACACAAACAAGAAGAGAAAGCGAGUUGUGAAAAUAUUCGCAGCGAAUGUUGGUCAGAGGAAAGUAUAGCUAAUUAAUCAAACGUUCAACAAAUAGUUGAAAGGAAGUAACAUUAAGAUAUACAGAUCGUUGCGAAAUACACGUAUAUGUUAACUGGAUUUAACUAGCUACAUUUCAAUUUCGUAAAAUUUGCAGCUACUAGCUAGCUAGGUUGUAGCUGGCUAGCUGGCUACUUGGCUGGCUAGCUAGUGCGACCAGCUUUCAACGAAAGGUGUUUGGAGGAAAGGGAGGGUUAAUAGACCCUGAGGAGAUAAUCAAGCAGUAGGACAGUGAGAAGUGGAAGGAAUAAUACAUGCCGGUGAAGAUGACACUUGUCUCUCCCUGUGCAGCCGCUGUUCUUCACAAUAUUGCUUCAUAGUCAUUAUUAUGAUCAACUUCAAUGUUGAUGUAAUUACCGGUGCUGUUUGUCCAUGAAAAUUUAGUUUGUUUAUUUUUGAUAGCUGUCACGUUUGGUCACCUCACCCAACUCCUUUCCCUGAGCCUGGCAGCUAUUUGCUCAGCAUAUCAGAUUUGUGUGGUCUGAACAAUCCCACUCUAAACCACUGCACACUGAAGAACCAAGUAGCCUUUAACUCCCUCAUCGAAUCUGGACAAAACUGGUCCAGUCCUCUGGACAAGAAGCCUUGAGCUCCAGUUGAAGAGAGGAGUAUGACUGCUGAAACACUUAACUUCGGCCCAGAAUGUUGUCUAGGGGAAGAUAAUGGGCGAUGCAUAUCCAACCUAAACUUGAGGCUCCGUGCACUAUCCAGAGGGGGGAGUGUGACGUCCCCCCCUCCUUCUCCAGCCAUGCCAAAGUCCAAGCUGGCUGAUUACCGCUAUGGCCGCGAGGAGAUGCUAGCACUUUAUAUAAAAGAUAACAAGCCCCCAGAGGACAUGCAGGAUAAGGAGUUUGCUGCUAUCAUGCAGGAUGAGCCUGUGCAGCCUUUGGCCCUGGAGCCUCUAACUGAGGAGGAGCAGAGAAACUUCUCCAUGUCUGUGAACAGUGUGGCUGUGCUGAGGCUGAUGGGAAAGGGAGGCGGGGCUGCCCCUGUAGGCGUGUCUAGGGGCCGUGGAGGAUGCAUCAGAGGAGGUAGAGGGAGAGGGAGAGGUGAAGGUGCGUUCUACCAAAGAGUUCCUGGAGGUCCUGAUGAAGGAGAGGUGGGCUUCGGUCGUGGCCGGGAAAUGCUCCGCAGCCAAAGCUGGGAUGACCGAGCUGAGAGGCCAAGGUUUGAGAAGCCAAUCAGGUGUGCUGAAGUAGUGCGUCCAGGGUUCGAAGAGACGGGGCCUCCGGGCAGGAAGGACUCCUGGCGUGCUGACAGCGACAACUGGCGUACCCUCCGAGAGGAGGAGGAAGAGGCAGCAGCAGCAGCAGCAGCAGGAGGAGAGCAGCCAGCUUGGAGAGUUGCAGGAUCCCGCCGGGAUGAUGGAGGUCCUCGUUCUGCAGGCUGGCGUGAUCGUGGCGGCCGGAGGAAGUUUGAGUUUGAAUUCCGUGAUGGCGAGGGCCCCCGCAGGGAAUCCGACAGGGACGGCCUUCCUGAGUGGUGCACCGACGAGGAGGAUGGAGAGAUGGGAACCUUUGACUCCUCUGGGGCCUUCAUGUGCAUCAAGCAGAAAGACUGUAAGGACACCAUCACUGAAGAGGAUCUGGAGUUUGAAGCUCUGGAGGAAGAGGAGGAGAAUGAUCAGGGAGGCAAGGACAACAACGCUGACAGAGACCUCUUGUCCUUCUACUCCUUUCAUCUAGAUGAAUGUGAAGCAGCAGGUGAGGGAGAAGAUGAGUACAAGACUCCUUCUCCUCCUGCCAUCUCUGGCUCUCCACCCUCAGACCCUCUUCUUGCCCCCUGCACCACACAGGCACCCAUCUCCCAUCCCACCAAAACGAACUAUGUGCCCGCUGAAGGCUGCCCACUUCCAGGGAGUGGUGCCAAGCUCAGCCCAGACCCCCCCUCCACCACCACUUCUAGCCUGAUGCCUCCUCCCUCCGGAUCUCUCCUCCCCUCAACAGGGGGAGAAGCAGAGGAGGACGAGGGCAUGAAGCACCUGCAACAGGAGGCUGAAAAGAUGGUGGCCUCACUGCAGGACACCUCCCUUGAGGAGGAGUGUUUCACUCAAGCACUACAGGAGAGCCACACAAUCACCUCUCACUCUCACACACACCCAGCCCCACACUCUCACACGCACGCCGCUGGACACACACACUCGACCCAUAGGGACUGUGCCCUGCCCCUCUCCCACGAGGCAGCCAUGAAGUGGUUCUACAAGGAUCCCCAGGGAGAGGUCCAAGGUCCUUUCUCCACGGUGGAGAUGUGUGAGUGGUUCCAGGCCGGCUACUUCACCAUGACCCUGCUGGUAAAGAGGGGUUGUGAUGAGGGCUUCCAACCCCUGGGUGACGUCAUCAAAAUGUGGGGCCGCGUGCCCUUCUCCCCCGGCCCCUCCCCCCCGCCCCUCCUGGGCAAUAUGGACCAGGAGCUGCUUAAGAAACAUUUGGAGCAGGCAGCCACUGCAGCUCUAUACCAGCAACUACAAAUGAGGUUCCAGCACAUGAACAGGUACGCGCACACACACACACACACACACACACACACACACACACACACACACACACACACACACACACACACACACACACACACACACACACACACACACAAUGUAUGUGAGUGUACUAAUGUCUCUAUUUGCAGGAGUGGAGAUUCUAGCAUGAUGCCCUCGAUGAACAGGUCCAUGUCAGUACCUGAUAAUGGGUCCAUGUGGGACAUGCAUACCUCGGCCUCCCAGCAGUCAGGUGGUGAGGCCAACCUAUGGGACUUAACCAUGAGUCAUUCCACUCAGGUGCCAUCUCUGGAGCAGCUACAGAAGCUCCAGGACCGGCGUGAGGCUGAACUCAGGGCCAAGCGAGAGGAGGAGGAGCGCAAGCGGCAGGUCGAGAAGAGGAGGCAGCAGGAGGAACAGAAGAGGCGUGAUGAGGAGGAGCUGUACAGGCGUAAGCAGCAGUGUCGGCAGCAGCAGGAGCUGAUCAUGAAGCUGCUACAGCAGGCCCAGCCCGGGGCACCAGGGUGUGUCUCUGGGUCAGGGUGGAGCGGCUCCCAGGCCUCAGCCCUCUCCAAACAAGGCAAGAGCCUCGGCCUGCUGGAGCUGGAGACCGAAAGGCUGCUCAAACAGCAGGCCCAGCACCAGAGGGCCCAGCAUCAGAGAGACAGGCAUGGAGGCUUGUCUAUGGGCCAGUGGGGUGAGGGAUCUGUGGGCAUGUGGUCUGGUGGGGGCAUGGAGCCCAAAGGCAGCUCUGGAGGGAUGGGUGUCUGGGAGGAGGCUGUGAAGAACCAAAACAGCCUCCGCAAUAUGGGCAUGAAGAACAGCCGCAGCAGCCCAUCUCUCAGUGAGCAGUACAUGCUGAGGAAGAAGCGUACAGAGGAGGAGGACAAGCUGCUGAAACUGCUGCAGGGCAUGAAGCCCCAGGAUGGCUUCACCACCUGGUGUGAACAGAUGCUGCACGCACUCAACACCUCCGCUAACAACUCCUCCUCCUCACUGGAUGUGGCAACCAUCGUGGCCUACCUGAAGGAGGUGGAGUCUCCCUACGAGGUCCAUGACUUUAUCCGCUCCUACCUGGGCGACACCAUGGAAGCCAAAGAGUUCGCCAAGCAGUUCCUGGAGCGCCGAGCCAAACAGAAAGCCAACCACCAGAGACAACAGCAGCAACAACAGCUAUCAAAGGAAGUUUCAGGGCUGUCCAACUUUCCUAUCCAGUCCAUGUUCCAGGCAGCCCAGAUGGGAAAGGGAGGAAUGUAUGAUAGUCAGGCUGCAAAGAUGAAGAAGAAACAGACCAUGAUGCUUCACUCUGACCCUAGCAUCUUAGGAUAUUCAUUCCUGAGCGCUGGGGACAGGAUGAACCUGGGUGAGAUGGAAACAGUGGAGGAUUAUUGAUCCACAGCAUCUACCUGAAUCCACCUGAGGCCUUACACCUGGAUUAAAACACACACUGACACACACAAACACUCACCUACACCCACACAGACAAUGACGAAUGUGCACUGCUGAGCUACUUUGCCCCCUCAUAGAUGAGGACUUGGAAAAGUAGUGUUUUCUCUCUCAUCUCUGUGUGUGUGGGGUGGGGGGGGGGUGCAGAGGAGUACCCUCCUGCACUUCUUACAGUUAAGCACCUUAAACUAAACUAAUGCACUUUAUCACAGGGUUUCAAUAUUUGAAAUUAAGUUUUGCCAGUUUGUUUUCUUGUUUUUAGAAUGCAAAAUGUGCAUAUUGUGUCUACAAUAUGAAUACACACGUGGAUGUGUGUGUGCAAACAUACCUAAGUAAGGAACUGGAGGUUACAUCUCCAAUAAUAAUGUCGGGUGAUGAGGAUUUCUUUUGGAAAGUAUAUACUUUUUUUUUUUUCUCUAAGUUUUUAUAUAAAAUGUAAAGCUAUAACAAAUUGCAUUUUAUUAAGAAAAAAACUUGAAGGUUUGCACUUAGAUAAACAAAACUAGUUGUAGAUAAGUAGUGGAAGAAAACGUUUCUUUGAAUGCUGGUGGGUUUUGUGGUCGACUUAAAGCCUGCACAAUUUUUAUUGCUUACAGAGAUGCAUAAAAAGGCCAUGUUUUUACUUUGUUCCAUGAAACAUUUUUACUUUCAAGAAUGUAUGCAAUGUGUGCCCAUGUCAGAUGUAUAUGAGUGAUUGGUAGCCAAUGAAUGUGUAUAUUUUGUACAUGGAAUCUCUAAGCGAGAGUGGAGAGGGCUCUUUUCAACCAAUCUUUCACCAGCUCCUCAUCCCCUAAAUGACUUCAUGAAGGUCUUUGGUGUCCAGUUACCCGACUGGCCAUUUUGUCAUUGGUGCAUUGCUGCCCUCAUUCUCCAUGGUGAGUCACGACGGUCCAUGGGCUCUGAUUCGCUGAUACAACUGUGAAAACAGAUCUUAUGAUUCAAGGCAGAUUUCCGAGGUGUAUUUUACUGCAGUUAAGUCACUCUCUCUCGUUUAAAGAACCAUAAAGUUCUGUUUAAUCAUUCUCUUCCUUGUGGUUAUGAGAGUUGGUAAGACCAGAGAAGUCCCUUGCAUUUUCCAAGGGGAUCUAUUGCCUUUAACGACAUGUCGGUGUUGAGGUCUUGCUUUCCUGCUUCCAGGCAGUUUUGCAGACGAUUGCCACUGCGUAUGUUAACCCUAGUAUUGAUAGCUAGAGUCCUGUCUUUUUUUUGCUUUUUGAAUAGAAUGUCAGUUUUUAAACAAAGUGAAAGUAUUUGGACUUGAUAUGGAGCACUUUUGAAGCUGCUACACUAUUGUAUUUUUAUAUUGUUGUUUUAUUUUUUUUUGCCUCUAUGGUAAUUAUUUGUACUUAUAAAAAAAAAAAUCUGGGUGUGGAAAUGAAUGUAUUCCAAAAAACUGAAAUGUACAACAGCGCAUUGAGAUGAAGCCAGACUUUAAACAAAUCUUUUGGAGCAAAUGAGUAGAGUUGUGCUGAAGAAGUAUUAGAAUCCCAGAAGAUGAGCAACUGUAAAUGAAACCAAGGUGGACAUGGCUGAACACUGCCUUCUCUUACUGCUCUCUGAGAAACGCAUCCUAAUAAGAUGAAGACAUCUGUCCACCGCCAUGUUGUCGUCCUCGAUACAACACACACGAGGAACUAGCAUGGGAAAUGUAGCAGUUGUGUUUUUUUUUUUUUUUUUUUUUUUUUUAAGAGAAAUUGGUCUCCUUUUAUCUUUGAAUGUCUGGGUUGUUACUAUUCAUGAAUGAUCUCUUGCUUUUCCUCAUUGCCUAAAUCUUGUGACAAUUGAGUUUUUGAAGAUGUGGGCAGAGGAAUGAUCGGUACGUCAUCAGCAAACUGAAACGGUCUUCGCUUUAACCGGUCUGGAUUAUAUUUUUAAUGGGGAAAAAGCCCC